AAAAUUCGAAGUGUGUUUAAAGAGUAGGUCUAUAAUUUUGCUUAAUUUUUGUGGUGAAGUACAGGUAGACCGAGGCCGAAGCGUAGAAACACACAACCAAAUAUUGAAUUGCAGAUAGAAAGGCCAUGAAAAGAGACGACAUGAUUCCUUGAUCUCCAUGUCAGAGAGUGACAAAAAAUUUCGACCAUCUUGGUGUGAUAAGGAGAAUGAAGGCAUUACAGAGGCAGACCAUAUUCCACCUAAAGAUUCUCUGAGGAAGGCCCUAAACAAUGGACGACUGGAUCGUCUCCUACAAGUGAAUCCAAGCCUUCAUGAGAUGAUCAUGAGCCUUGUUAAUGACCCAACUGGACAGAAACUAUUAACCAUGAGGGUUCUUUACCAGGACCACAGAGAUGCUCUGACCACUGGUAGCAGCAAAGAAUCUAAAAUAAGCAGGUGGAUUUUGACACAAACAAUGCUAAGCGGAAAAGAUGAUUGUGCAGUAAAAAUGCUGGAGCAAGCUUUUAUCAUGGGUCAUCCUAUAGCUUCCCAGAUGCUCAGACAUGAUGCUGGAUUGGUUGACGCCGCACUACGUACCGAGGGUAAAGUUGACAUGUCUGAUGAAGGCACAAGGAGCUACUACAGAUAUGGCUACACUGACCUGGUCGAUGAAUAUCUCUACAAGGGGAUAAUCAACGAGGGUCAAGCAAGAGACCUCAAAAUAUGGGUGAAAAGAGAGAUGCACCUGGACCGGGAUACCCCAGAGUAUAAGGAGAUCCUUGAAGACAUUCAUGAUUUCUAUGACUGUUUUCAUAUGUUGUAGGCUUACUCUUAAAGCAGUAUCCAAGGGGAAAGAAUCAAAAGUAUACCUUCCAUCACUUAUCGAUCAUAUUUUGGAGUAGCCUACAAUUUCAUGAAUUUCAUGUUGAUAAUCUCAUCUUAUAAUUAUAAUGUUUUGCUUUACAACAUGAUUGGUUGAUCCACAGAUGUUGCAAUCUCUAUUGCACUCCACACUGCCCUUUCCCACCUGGACGAAAGGAACAUCUAUGUGAGAAUGCUGUUCAUUGACUACAGCUCAGCGUUCAACACCAUAGUACCCUCAAAGCUCAUCACCAAGCGAAGGAUCCUGGAACUAAACACCUCCCUCUGCAACUGGAUCCUGGACUUCCUGACAGGC